CUAUUUACCGUUUACCGUCUGCCUUCUGCCUUAGUAACGCGCGACACAUUCUUACUAUUCCUACCCCUUCACAACUAUUUUUCUUCCUUCCCCUUUUCUACACAUAUUCAUCCUCUUCAUCCCACAUCCAUCUCAUCUCCAUAAUCGUCCUAUAGUACUACUAUAGACUGUGGCUUUACUCUAUAAUCAACAGGCAUCACACAAAGACGCCCGAGUCAAACCAUCCAAACGUACCUAUACGCGUCGGCUAAGCCAAACAUAAAUCACCAUGGCGCUGGCGGCUGUCUACAAGCAGUUCCUUGCUGCGCCGAACUCGUCACAACUGGCGGACGAUGCUUCCCUCCACUACAUAACCACUACUUCUAGUUACAGAGGUUCAGCCGAAAUACUCAAGCACCUCAACACUACAACCAAGCAGCUCAAGAAGAAGAAGAUGGAAUUUCUUACCGUCAUAGGAGGUCAAAAUGCCAUUGCCGCCGAGGUUGAUACUGUACUUGAGUUUCUCACCAGUGGUGGGCCCUAUCUACCUGGUCUCGACGACAACUUCCUGGCUGAUCGUACUGUUUAUAUUCCCAUUAUGCACAUCGUCACGUUUGAUAACGACGGCAAGAUUCUGCAGAUUCGUCAGUCCUGGGAUCAAGGCUCCCUACUAAAGCAGCUCGAUGUUAUCGGCAAGUCAGGUCGCAAUUGGCCAAUUCGCGACAGCAAAGAACAGAUCAAGUUGAUCGAAACUUGUGUCAAAUCCUCGAGCAAUGGCGCUUCUAGCCAAGACCCUAUUGACCUUGCCGUCCGCGCUCGUGGCAACUCGAACAAUGCCCUACGCGAUCCCCACGCUUCGCUUGCCUUGUUCGCUCCUCGCGAUGAGUCCGACGAUAGCAUUGCCGCCGUUAUCUCCCCUAGGGGUGGAGCCCGGCCGCGACAACGCGAUAUUAUGGAGAUCUUAGGUGACGAGCCAGUCGAAGGUCCUGAUCGCGAUCGAUCAGAAUCGCCAAGCAAAGCGGUUGCCCCCAAAGCUGGCGGUGAGAAGAAGUUCCAGCCAAGCCGCCUAUUUGCGGAUGAAGAAAUCUUGGAAGAAAGUGACCCGAUCGAAGACGUUGCUUCUCCUAAUCGUUUCUACCGCCCCAACCCCAAGAAGUACAGUCACUUUGACUUCGACGACGGCUCUAACGAACCCGAGCAGGUUCCGCUACCAACCGAGACAACCCCUGUAAAGACCAAGCAUACCAGUCAAUGGUCUUUUAAUGACUUCGUUACCCCGCACAAAGUGAAGCCGUCUAAGAUCUUGCAGCAGAAGAAUGUUCGUCAUUGGGGAAAUGAGGAUGAUGAAGUGUUGGAUAGUCCAGAGCGCAAGCCUGUACUCCCUAAACCUCGUCGUGACGCCGAGACCCAUUUCGAAUUCAUAGAUGAUGGUGUUCCUAGUGGCGCGCCUCGUGCUGCACGUCCCCGCGGCGCAACGCAUAACAAUGGGCUUGGCUUGUACAAGAACAAUUUGUACAACGAGGACGGAAAUGGAACACCUCCUGCCAGCGGGCCUCAACCUCUGGGGGCCAUUACGAACUCAAAGGACCGCGGUCGAGAUUUCGAAUCCCACUGGGACAUGACGGACAAAUCGCCAGCCCAAAAGCCACAGUCCAAGCCCGCGGUGGGUGAAGACCGUAAAAAAGCUGUCAAGAUGAUGGAUGCUAACUGGUCGAACUAUGACCAAUCUCCUGUACCAAAGGAAAAAGAAAACAAACCUAUUAGUACGGCUAAAGGUCCUGGACCUGACGGCGAGCGGGGGAUCCAUAUCGGUGGUGACGGAAUGGGCGGCGGGAAAGGCUCCAACCGCAACUGGCUAUUCGGUGACGAUGAUGACGACCAGAGUGCUACGCCAGCGCCCAGGAGAAAGGCCCAGCAGCCUGCAACCGCUACGACCUUCAAUUGGGAUUUCUAGGUCACCUAGCAUAAUUCCCGACGUUGGAAGAGAAACUAAACCAAAUGAUAAUAAUGCGAACAUUACCAGCUAUUAUGUAUGAAAACGCCUAAAUGCCGCUCAUGAAUUACGAGAAGAAGGCAAGAAGAAGCAAGUCUCUCAUGUCUGCGAGGCAAGAGUUAUAGGAUAUUCUCUGGACAGGUGAUUGGCCUUUGAGGUUUGGUUGAGUAUAGGUUCUUGUGAAUUAGCCAUAUUACGGUACCGCGUUAGAUCACUAUUGCAGCAAUAACAACAAGUGGCGGAGUUGACGAUACCAUGGCUAGAAUUAUUCGAGCAACUUAGUUUGCCGCUGUGUACAUUCUAUCGGCUUGCAUAUAAUUAAUUUCCUUGAUUCCGAUUCUUUAGAACCGAUACGCAAUGAGUGCAUAUAAAUACGUUAUCC